UUUAGGAGUGCCAAGUAUUGUACAAAGUUUUCUGUGCAAUCGACAGAAAGACCUUGCCACCGUGUCGGUUCUCUCGGUGCACUGCACGAUAUAAUACAGUAGUCAUUGCCCCUCGCGAGGGUCCGACUAGGUUAAGUCGUCUGUCUUGGGUACCCUACUGUCACAAGGGAACUCUAUUGGCCACGUGCUCAGACAACAGCUGCAAGAGCUCUACUACCUAAUUCAGGUAAACAUAGUGGGUGCCGGCUGCCUACGUACACCUACUCGCAUGAGGUGUAUUUGACGAGUCCAGGAACCACGUCAACAACCGUAUCGCAAGAUCCGCAUUUUCACUGAGUCCUCAUACUUUGUUCCCGUCACUGUUCCAGGCUGUUAAUCUGAGCUCGGUUUCUCUGGAGGCCGGAAAUGGCGGACUUCAAGGGGCUGGCUCUCCAGUACGUCUUGGCAGAUGAAGCGACCACCAGGCAACAUGUUACUGCCAAAACAGCAGAUGCCAUCAAGAAUGCCUCUGUCAAGAGCACGGCGAUCCUGAACUGGGUCAAGUCCAUUGACCCGUGGAUGCCUGCAGCGUUGUCGGACUCCGAGUCCCAAGGUGACAAUGGCGAAGGUCCUGAGCCUGACCUGAGCGUCAUUACAAGAUCUAAAGCUCUGGAAUAUUUGGCGGACACGUUGCUGUUGCUGGAGAAGAACUUACUGAGGACCGAUCAAGUCAAUCUGCUUAUCACAUUUUUCGGGAGACUCUACAGCAUUGAUCACAAGGCUGGGAUCAUGGCGGCUACCAAAGCCCUCCAACAGUUGGCCACCAUGAAGGCCUUCAAACCAGAAAUGGCCGAUAACAUCAUCCAGAGCAUUGUCUCAAUGCGAGAUGACUUUCGCUUGCAGACUCCUCAAACACGCCUAGAGAUAUACAAGUUCAUCCAAAGCCUACUGGAGAACGAGGCCAUCUCCAGCCAGUUGCAACAUGUCUAUGGGACUUCUGGAGGGAUCGCCAUCGAUCUCCUACAGCUUUGUGGCCAUGAACGGGAUCCAAACUGCCUGAUACAAUGGUUCAAAAUAAUCCAGAGCCUCGUGCAAUUGUUCGAUUUCUCUGCAGAUGUUCAUGAUGAGAUCUUCAAGACGUUCUCGGCCUACUUUCCUAUAUCAUUAAGGAGCACGGCAACUCCAAGUGGCGUCACGAUUGAGGACCUGAAGAGCUCUAUUCGAGCAUGCUUUGCCUCCAGCCAUAAGCUCGCCCGACUGAGCUUCCCUUUCCUGAUUCAGAAGCUGGAUCAGGGAGAUGCUAUCAGCAUUCCUGUCAAGACGGACAUAUUGAGAACACUCAAGCAAUGCCUCGAUCAGUAUGCGCUCCCUUCCCAGAGCAUCGGGCCAUAUACUGGACAGCUUUGGACGUCUCUCAAAUACGAGGUUCGAAACGGCGAAAUCAAAGAGUCCAUCGACUGCACUCUGGAUGUCAUGCGUGUUAUUUCGUUCAAGCUGGCAAAAAUCCCUCUGGCUGAACCGCAAGAAACCACACGCGAAGUCAGCGCACUAUCUUCGUUUGUGGACAUGGUUCUCAGCGACUCCUUGGAUGACUUGGCAAAUCCGAGCUAUACCAAGCCUGCAGGACUCCUCCUUAGAAGCAUCAUGGAAGUCCACGCUAGGCCAUUUGCUCUGCUUCUCCCUGGAGUCAUUGAAGCCAUCAACAAGAAUCUGCGAGAGCCUCGUACAAUCGAGCAUGCUACAGCGCUAAUUGGCCUCGCCAGGGACCUUCUGGAUGCCCGCUCGCAAGUCAUCGAUGCCGCCAAGAUACAUUCCUCCACAGACCAAUUGCAGAAUCUUUUCAAGCUCGACUCACAAAUCCGGGACCCAUUCCAUGCAAUCUUCAGUCGAUUCUGGAGGGAAAACAAUAAAGAAACACCAGAUGCCGACAAUGUCGCCGUCCUCAAAGAGGUAGUUCAAGGAUUUGCAGCUCUAAUAUGUCAAGUCAGUCAAGAAGAGGCUGGAAACCAGACUCUCUUGUGUGACCAGGCGCAGUGCGAGCAAGUCUGCUUUAUGAUCUCUGAUCGGGUUAUCAACAUCUUUCAACUCGCCUCUUCCCCGGACAGCGGGGCUCGGAAAGAGCUGGCAGACAUCGUAGUGGCGUCGCUACGGAAGAUUGUCAAAGUAUACACUGCAGGGUAUGCAUUGAUGCUCCAGAGAGCUUUGUCGACAAUCAAGGAUCGCGUCUGGGGUAGACCUCCGACCAGAAAUUCACUUGCAAUGCUAAAGACGCUGGUCCUAAGACUAUCAUACAUUGGCUGUUCAGAGAUACCCAAGCUAGGUGAUCCGGUCCAGCAUUUGUAUCUUUACACGAGCUCUGUCCUACGACUUCUGUUCUCCUUCCUCGACAACUCCGUGCCUUUCGAGGUCUCAACCAUCACGCUGUCCGGCAUUUUCAGUGCUCUUUUGCACUACAGAGACACUUGCAGCUCUAAACCUACUCACGCGAGGCUGAGCCUGAUUAAUGCUGACUGGAGGGUUUGCACUUCGGACUUUGUCAGAUGCCACCCUGAAUUUGCAGUCACUGGAAAACCUGCAAGUACCGGAGAAGCCGCAUCAAAGCCAGAAAAUGACAGGUCGGUAGAGUACGGGGGCGGCAACAGUGAUGCAUUCCGCGACUACCUCGAAUGUGCGCUUUAUUUGACAUCAGUCCUCUACCAGAGAGCAACCAAAUCGGAUAUGGGAGCGCAAAGUCGUUUGGGACUGGGGCCUGACUUCAGUCCACACACGGCUCCCACUGCGGAGACAGCCCUAGAAAAUCCCGGGCCUGGUUCCAGUGCCAACGCCCGGGAUGUGGAUCUUCAGGACGUUUACCUUCACCAGCUUGGUGAUAUGGCCACGUUUGUCCUUCGUGACCUAGAGGAGGUAGAACAGGAGGCCUUAUCGCUCACCGACGAGGUAUAUGGACUUUUCCAGUCGCAUACAGGAGCACAUGGCACGUACCUAAGUGCCGAAAAUGACGGGCGAACCAAUGUGCUGUCUCUCGGGGUUGCACAGGGCUUGCGCCCAAUACCUAUGGCUUCAAUGUUCGCGUCUGAAUCCCUCAAGCAGCAAAUUGUGGCCGACAUAUCGGCCGCAGAAAACUUCCCUGUGAGGACGCAAAAGGUUCGUGACCGUUUUUUGACCUUGUUGGCGAAUAAAUGGCUCCCAAGGACCACGGUUAGUGGGCCACAGCGGGAUGUGUGGAAGGCAACCGUCGAUGCGCUGCGUGAAAUGCUCGAAAAAGGCCUGGCCGAGGCUUCGGCAACACCAAACAGCAUCCGGACAGAGCAAUACACAAGAGCUCUAGGGUUCGCUGCUGGAGCUGUAGCAAGACGUGACAGAGAUGUGGAAGGUCUGGUUAAGGUCCUCGCGUCUCUUCCAGCAGCGCUCGGGGAGCAUGGGCUGCAAAUGGCUCCACGCUUGGAAGUGCUACUGGCAGCCAAAAGUCAACUGAGUCUGCAAAACCACGCGAUUCUGAGGCCUCUGUCUGAGCAGUGGGUUUACAUCUGCGUGGUGAAGCCGAAACUAGAGCUGUCUUUCCCCAUAACGCAAGACAGGCCUCAAGGCAUUGUCAAUGCCAUCGCCGUAGUCCAUGUCAUGAAACACAUGGACUUUACAGUAUACGCCGAGGACACUGAUCGAAUCAUGCGCAUACUCAUUGCCGGCGUGUCAUCGCCCAAAAACUUGGCCGAUGUCGAGGCAGCUCUUCAAGUUCUUCGUCAAAUCCUAGCCAAUAAGCCUGAUGAUCUAAAGGACCAACUAAAAGCAGUCAUAUCAGGAGCCAUAUCGACAGUGAGCUCCGGCUUGGAGCCGCCUCCUGACCAAGAGGCAGUGCCGGCUGAUUCGAAUGCACGUACGGUGAAUUCUGGCAAUCCGGCCCUCUGCCGAAGGCUCAGUUUGCAAUUGCUCCAGGACCUCGCCGAGAAGCUCGACGAGCAGCUCCUGCGGCAGUAUAAGGCUCAGAUUUCUCGUGUCCUGGCUACUGCUUGUGGCGAUCCAGUCAGGGAAGUUCGACAAUCUGCCAUGAGUGCGCGGAGCAGUUGGGCGAGGCUGGCGGCUUGA